AUGGAAUCUGACCUGACAACGCAAAUAUUAGAUCUCCUUUCUUCUACUGACGAGCCAAUUCUCUCCGCAGAUGCCUUCCCCUCCACCCCGGGAAUAUCAGUGAAAGCUGCACUGGACCGCCUUGGGUCCAGAGAUAUGAUCAAGUAUCAAACUAUUGAACGAGAAGAAGCAAUAUUAUCACCUGAAGCUGAAGCGAUUGCGGCCAAUGGCAGUCAUGAAGCCAAAGUAUUCGAAGCCGUGCAGGCGGCAUUGGGCGGGCUGAAAAUUGUGGAUUUGCCAAAUGUCGUCGGGAAGGAGGCUGCUAAAGUAGGCGCUGGAAAUGCAUUUAAAAAGGGCUGGAUCAAGAAAGAUAAGGAUGUUUUGCGAUCAGCAAUGGAUUCAAUUGAAGAUACUACUCAGGAGCAACUGUUGAUCAUACAGAAAACGAAAACAUACCCCGACCCCAACGUCAUAGCAGACCUGCGAAAAAGGAAACUUAUCACAAUACACAAGGUUAUAAGUUUCAAGAUAUCGAAGGGCCAGAAAUAUGCGAGAGAGAUUGCAAAAGAGGAAACUGACCUCACAGCUGAUAUGCUUGCGACUGGAGCGUGGAGAACGGCCAAAUUUAAGCCCUACAAUUUCAAUGCCAAGGGCGCUGUAACCCCGAGCGGCGCUUUGCAUCCUCUGAAUAAAGUGCGACAGGAAUUUAGACAGAUCUUCUUCGAAAUGGGUUUUGAGGAGAUGCCUUCAAAUCGCUUCGUUGAGACCGGAUUCUGGAACUUCGAUGCUCUUUACGUCCCACAGCAACACCCUGCCCGUGAUCUUCAAGAUACCUUUUAUAUCUCAGACCCUGCCAGUGCAGACAAGCCACGGGAAGAUGACCCUUCAGACAUUCACGUUGCAAAAGUGGCAAAGGCGACUGGCGGAUCUUCAAACUCCAACGUUAAUCUCCCUGACCAUGAGGAAUACUGGAACAACGUCCGCGCCGUACAUGAGUCUGGUAAAUACGGAUCAAUCGGUUACAGAUACCCAUGGAAUCCAGAUGAGGCUCUCCGCCUGGUGCUUCGGACACACACCACCUCCGUAUCGGCAUAUAUGCUCUACAAACUGGCCGCAAACCCUCGUCCGGCCCGAUAUUUCAGUAUUGACCGGGUGUUCCGCAACGAGGCGGUCGACGCUACCCAUCUAGCAGAGUUCCACCAGGUUGAGGGCGUGAUUGUUGAUUUUGGUCUUGCACUGGGCGGUUUAAUUGGCUUCAUGGAAGUUUUUUUUGCGAAGAUGGGCAUCCAUGGACUUAGGUUCAAACCGGCUUAUAAUCCUUACACAGAACCUAGUAUGGAAAUUUUCGGAUACCAUGAAGGUUUAGGGAAGUGGGUGGAGAUUGGUAACAGCGGGAUGUUCAGACCAGAGAUGUUGGAGCCUAUGGGUCUGCCGAAAGAUAUGAGAGUGUACGGAUGGGGUUUAAGCUUGGAACGACCUACAAUGAUCAAGUACGGCGUAAGCAAUAUCCGGGAACUCCUUGGUCAUAAGGUAGAUCUCAACUUCAUCGAAACGAACCCAGCCGUCCGGCUCGAGAAGGAUUAG